AGGCGGACGCCCAUCCUCUCUCGCCUACUGGCACACCCUCGCCCUCCUCUGGCUCGUCCUCGACUCCGUUUCCGUCUCUCACAUCGCCCCUCCCCCUCAGUUCUCAUUCGCGCACUUCCUCUCGCUGUUCUUUAGUUCCUUGCACAGUUCCCAGCAUGGUCGAGUCUCUCGUGGACAAUCCGUCCGCCGCCGCCAACCCAGCGCUACCCGACGCCUUCGUUACUCUCCUCACCGCUGACUCAUAUCUGCCGGGCGCCCUCGCGUUGCUGCACGCCCUCCAUGAACUCCACCCAGCCCCACGCAACUUCAAGAUUGCCUGUCUUGUGACACCACAAACGGUCGACGCGGCGAGUAUCGGAGCCCUCCGCAAUGCAGGCUACGACGUUGUUAUCGGUGUUGAGCCCAUUGCAUCGGGCCAGAGAGGGCAGAGAAACCUUCAUCUCAUGGGCCGCCUAGACCUUGACCGGGCCCUCACCAAGCUACACAUCUUCCGCCUCGGUUCCAUGUUCAAGACCGUCUUUUACAUGGACGCCGACACCCUUCCAAUACGCCCCCUUUCCCACCUCUUCCAUUCAACUGCUCCACAUACUCUCUCGGCCUGCCCUGACAUCGGGUGGCCUGAUUGCUUCAACUCUGGUGUUAUGGUCAUCCGCCCCCGACUCAGCGACUUCGAGAACCUGCGGCAGCUUAUGGUAGCCGACAGCAGCGGCGGAAACGGCAGUUUUGAUGGCGCAGACCAAGGCCUUCUGAACCACUACUUCAGUGAGGAAGGCGAAGGCGGGCCUUGGCACAGACUCCCAUUCACCUACAAUGUUACCCCCAGCGCCGCAUACCAGUACAUGCCUGCCUUCAAGCGCUUUGCCCACAAGAUUAGUGUGAUACACUUCAUUGGGCCCAGAAAGCCUUGGAGUAGACUUCCCGCCCGUCCGGCCGGCCUCGGCAUUGCGGAGACUCAGGAUUCUCCUAUGGGCUAUGAAGCGCUGAUCGAUCGCUGGUUCGAUGUGUAUGAUCGCAAUGUCCGCCCCUCCGCUAUCCACGAACCCAAUCUUGCGAAACGUUUCACCGUACCGGAGAAUGUGGCCGUUUGGAACCGCCCCCAUAUCGGAGAGGAGGUUCAUCCAAGCGCGAGCGUCGCCAACUUGGUGCCCGUCAGAGGCCAGUACACCUCGCUUCCUCUUGACGGCCGAUAUGAUCUUAUGAUGCCGGAACCUGAGCCUGAGCUCAAGCCCGAUAUUAGCCCUCCGCCCACCUCUCAGUCCCACCUUCCCCACGCAACAGAGUCCCAGCAAGAUCAACGUGAGGCACGACAGCAGCAGCUUUCAAAUGCUACCGAGGAUUGUACCGCCCAGUCGUCGCAACCUUCUCCUCCGGAACAGGCGCACUCUUCUCCUUCUGAGCGGCACGAGUUUAGACAAGCGGCCUGGGACGGGUCUCGAGGUCCUCCUCCGAAAGACAGCCAGCCAGAGAUGGCAAAGGGUGUGCAAAGUUUCUAUGUCGCUGCGUGGGAUGAGCCGACCAGAUCGCAGGGCACGUACUAUCAAGAUCAUCACGACAGAUUCACGAUGCCGACUUUGCCGAACAAUGUCCGAGAGAAUGAUUGGUAUGGAGACUACACCAGAACCAUUCCGGACCCCAAGAAGAGCGGAGGCGCAUUCCCCUGGGAGGAGAAGGGACGAACCGCGCUUGCGAAGGCGUCGCGCAAGUUUCCGCAAGAGCGCCUCCCGACACCUCCGCCGGCUGUGGCCUCCAAGACGGACGAAUCCAUUACAACCGUCUUGCCCCCCGAUCCUGUUCAACUUGUGCCGAGCAAGGCGCCGGAGGGGGUGCAUCAUCACGCCUCCCAACCUUCUAAGCCGAUCCCCAGCUUCAACGAGGCGAUGGCUGAUUACACCAACGCUUGGGAUGCCGACGCCUCCAUUGGGCGCUAUGCCAAGAGGCUCACGGACCUCGGCAUCGCCACCUCGAGGCGUAAAGCUGGAAUGCACACAGUUCCUCCUAGCCCGCGUCGUUCAUCGCGUCACCUGCCCUUGCCCGCUUCGCAGAAGGACGACAACAUUAUCAAGUCCACCACUGAGGGCGGCAGGCGGCUGUCAUAUGAGGACAAGGGUACGCAGACCGAGCGCACCCCGCAGAAUGAUGCGAUAGUCCAAGUGUCACCAGAAAACAGUCCCUACUCAGAGAACGCCCCGCUUGUCCGCCAGAUGGUCUCCGUUGCGACCACGCCGGUGACUCCGCCAGAGAGACAGAUGUCGUCUCAGCCUGGUCCGAAAACGUCACCAGCAUCCUACUUCCCUGCAAUGACCUCCAAGCGCGGCGCUGCGAGGACGGCGGCUCGUGGUCCGCCUCGCGGUCGAGUAUGGGAUCCCCAGACCGACAUCGACGUGAUUGCGCGUCAUCCGGCCCUGGCGAAUUUUGGGCGCUAAGGGGGGUGGGUGCUGUACCGUUUGGCCAGGCCUAUGCGAAAUCGGUUCUCUUAUGUCGGUGUCGGACAUGUCACAGUCAUUAUAGAAAUGCAUGAUUUAAAUAUUUAUAUCAGGAAGUGCAUUGGCCGCAGCCGAAGUGUUCAGUAAGGGUUGGGACAGAAGAUAUCACUGUUUGCCACAAGUUUUGUCGUAUCGUUUGCAGCGCAG